AUGGCACGGAAAGAGCCUAGUCCGGAAAAUGACGCCGAGUGGCUCCAGCACGUAAACGCCACGAUCUUCCGGCUCAGCCGCGAGGAGGUGGUCAAGUUGGGCAAGGAUCCCAACACCGCUGCGCGCCUGGAUCCCGAAUAUUGGGGCGUGGACGACGAUGUUUAUUAUGGCAAGUUUGAUAUCACACAUGAAAUCCACUGCCUCGAUCAGUUGCGCCAAGCGACCUUUGCCGGGUACCCUGGGUACCACCCCGACGGCCAUCACGGCGGUCCGCAGGGCAGCAUGGAUUGGAUCCAUCUAGGCCACUGUGUCGACAUGCUGCUGCAGUUUUUGAUGUGUAACGCCGAUACGGCCGUGCUGACCAUGUCCUACGUCGAAGACCAGGAGGGUCCCUGGCCAGACUUUAAUAUCAACCGCCAGUGCCGAGACUUCAAUGCGUUGGAGGAGUGGGCCAAGCCUCGGGCAAUCGAUCCCUGGAAGAUGGAACAUGCGCCGCGACCACGAGACGCGUAUCUCUGGCCCAACCCACUUAAACAGGACAAUGUAGACUCGGAAUUGGGCUUUCCCUUGGGAGAUCAUCAUCAGCAGGAGGGACAUCCGGAGCUUGUUCGGAGUUCGUAG